AUGGUCGUUGAUACCACUUACUAUGACUUGCUAGGGGUAGCUACCGAUGCAACCUCCCUUGAAAUCAAGAAGGCUUACAGAAAAGCUGCCAUUAGACUCCAUCCUGAUAAAAAUCCAGAUGAUCCUCAAGCAGCAGCAAAGUUUCAAGAAGUCGGCGAAGCCUAUCAAGUUUUAUCCGACGACAACUUGAGGUCCAAGUACGACAAACACGGAAAACAAGAGUCAAUUCCUUCUGAAGGUUUUGAGGACCCAUCAGAGUUUUUCUCAGCGAUUUUUGGUGGAGAAGCUUUUCGUCCAUGGAUUGGUGAACUUUCAUUGAUCCAAGAACUAACCAAAUCGGCAGAGUUAUCGGGGUAUGGUGAAGACGAGGCGACUAAGACUGGUGGAGAGAGCACAGGAGAGGAUCCUGGUAUGAAUCGUGACGAAAAAACGAGAUUAUUUAUUCUGCACGAAGCAGACAAAAGUGAAGUGGUCGGUGAAGGUUCUGGCGAAAAAAAUGAUGACAAAGUAGCCACCGUCAAUGCCGACAAGGAACUCACCCAGAAGGAGAAGGAAGAGCAACGAAGAAAGGAAGAACUCGAAAAGUUUGAAGAAGAAUGUGCUCAGAAGAAAAUCGAGACCCGGAAAGAACUCACCAAGAAUUUGGUGGACAAGCUUUCACUUUUCACUGAAACAGACAUGAAGCCGGACGUUGUUGAGUCGUUUAGACAGAAAUUGCAUUAUGAAGCCGAGUCGCUCAAGAUGGAGAGUUUUGGCCUCGAAAUCCUCCAUACUUUGGGGCUGAUUUACAAAUCGAAACUGAAGAUUUUUUUGAAAAAGCAAACUUUUAUGGGCCUUGGAGGUCUUUGGUGGUCAAUGAAAGAGAAGGGAGGUAUGGUUAAGGAGACGUUCAGUACCAUCACCACCGCUUUAGACGCUCAGCUGACAAUGCAAGAGUACGCAAAGAUGCAAGAAGAUAACGAGUACCAUGCCAAGAAGGAAGAAGAAGAGGCUAAGAACGCGGCUGGAACAAAUUCUGAGUCUGAAACCGACGACAAAGCAGCAAAGGAAGCAAAGGAACAAGCUACCAAGGAUAUGAACGAUAUUUCCAAGAAGUUGGAAGAGAUUCGCGUAUUAGCAGAAGAAGAAGAGCAGAAGAAAGAAGGUGAUGUCACAGAAAAGAAAGGAGCCAAGGCUGAAGUCAUUCCCCAGAAGCAUUCCAAGGAAGAAUUAGAAGACAUGGAAAGGUAUUUACUUGCCAAAGUUCUCGCUGCUGCUUGGUCGGGUUCUAAGUUCGAGAUCCAGGGAACCGUGCGUGGAGUUUGUGAUAACAUCUUGUACAACAAAGAUGUACCAUUGGACAAAAGGAUAGCACAGGCUAACGGACCCCGAAUCAUCGGCGAUGUGUUUAGUAAAAUUACCCGAACUGAAGAGGAGGACGAAGAAGCAAGAGUUUUUGAGGAAAUUGUUGCUACUGCCAGCAAGAAACGAGAAAAGAGAAACUACAAGACUCAAGAAGCCCCAGAGAGCCAAACUAACAACUAG